UCUGUGUGUCUGUGCGUCUGUCUGUGUGUGUGUCCCCCCUCGCUGGACACCCCCACGAUGCUCUUCUGGCACGGCCAACCUGACCACUACUGGUCCAGUCCUGGGGAGAUGUACCCCAUCUCCGGCCCUGGGCUGCUCAGGGACCCCCCUGUGCUGCCCUACCUGAAGCAGGAGGAACCCAACGGCAUCUCCACCUCGCAGCCCCCCUGCCCGGCUUUCCAGUACGUGCUCUGCGCCCCCACUUCUCCCGCCGUCCGGCACCACGAGGAGACCCUCACCUACCUCAACCAGGGGCAGUCAUACGAGAUCCGCAUGAUGGGGAACCCCCGGGUGGACCCCAGUGGGGAGGGACGGAGGAUGCUCAAGAGCGUGGUGCGGGUGGUCUUCCACGACCGGCGGCUGCAGUACUCGGAGCAGCAGCAGCUGGAGGGCUGGCGGUGGAGCCGCCCGGGCGAUCGCAUCCUCGACAUUGACAUCCCCCUCUCCGUCGGCAUCCUCGAACCCCAAAUCCACCCCACACUGCUCAACACGGUGGAAUUCCUCUGGGACCCCUCGAGGCGGACGUCUGUCUUCGUGCAGGUUCACUGCAUCAGCACUGAGUUCACACUGCGGAAGAAUGGGGGGGAGAAAGGGGUCCCCUUCCGCAUCCAGAUCGACACCUUCGGGGCGGGGGGCAAGGGGGACCCCCCUGAGCACCUCCACUCCGCCAGCUGCCUCGUCAAGGUGUUCAAGCCCAAGGGGGCCGACAGGAAGCAGAAGACAGACCGGGAGAAGGUGGAGAAGCAGCCGCCAUCGGAGCGGGAGAAAUUCCAGCCGGCCUACGAGAGCACUGUGCUGGGCGAGUGCGCCCCGUGGCCGGAUGCGCUGGGUGCACCCCACAGCCCCCCGGGCACCCCGGGGCUGCCGUCUCCUCACCCCUUCAAGCUGCUGAGCCCGGAGAGGGUGUGUGUGUCACCCGCCUACGCUACCGAGAGCCCUGUGGAGAGUCCUGGCGAGCAGGCGCUGAGCCCCUGCGCAUCCCCCCUGGAAACGCAGCAGUGGCUGCACAAGCGCCGCUUCUCCGCCUACGCCCGCAUCUUCUCCAGCUUCGCAGGUGCCGACCUGCUGAAGCUCUCCCGCAGGGACCUGAUCCAGAUCUGUGGAGCCCCCGACGGCAUCCGCCUCUGCAACGCACUGACGGGCAGGUGCCCACGUCCCCGGCUGACCCUCUACGUGUCGCAGGAGCCCACCGGCGGGGCCGAGGGCGCGGAGGAUGGAUGCUCAGGGCUGUACCAGGAGGUGCACCUGGAGGAGCUGACGGCGGCCGAGCUGACCGGGAAGCUGGCUGAGCUGCUGGGGCUGCCCGCGGGCCAGAUCCAGCGGCUGUCCCGGCAGGGACCCUCCGGCAUCCACAUCCUCGUCAGCGACACGAUGAUCAGGAACCUCCUGGACGAGACGUGCUUCGUGGUGGCUGUCGGCAAAGCGCACGGCCCGGAGGGGUACCACCUCGUGCUGCGGUAGGACCCGGAGCUCCGUCACCCCUGGGAAAGGAGAUCUGCCAGUGCCGGAGCGAGCGCGGGGAUGGAUCUCUUGGGCACCAUCCCCAGGAGCCCACCCUGCAAGCACAGUUCGCCCUCCCUCUGUCCCUGCCAGGCUCAACAGACCCCUUGUGCAGAGGGGCGAGAGGAAGGGGUCCUGGCCGGGCUCGCUGCCGUCCCUUUCUGCCUGUGCUGAUGGCGGCUGCAUCCCCGCGCCCGCCACGUUGCCUUUGCCUCGUCCCUGUUCUGUAUUAAAGGACGGAGCGAGCCAGCCCCGAGCGUGGCCUCGUCCCUGCGGGGGUUUGGGCAAGGGAUCCCUGGGGGUUCUGCACCUGCGGCGUGGUGGGAGCAGCCUCAAGGAGCCCCCUGGGUCAGGUUGGGGCGCGGGGCUGGGCGUGGGGACAGUCCCUCUUCCCCAGUGAGCCCCUGCCGCGGUCGGGUCAGCGCGGAUGAAGCCCGGGCAGAGCAGGUCCCGUCCCACCGCGCAGGGAUGGAGCCGGCCACGGCACAGAGCCAGGGACAGCCCCAGCUGGCAAAACCCAGUAAAGCCUCAUUUCUGCGUUUUUGGCUCAGGGAACGGGUUAUUUUUAACACCGAGUCCUUCCCCCAAGCACCGUCCGGAGCAGCCGCUGCUGGCGGGGAGGGCAGAGCCGGGUGGUGAAGCGAGACAGGGGAGGCCGUCGGGAGGAAACGACUCGUAGGGCAAAGGACGGGUUUGGGAUAAACAAGCCGGCGGCGGGUUUCCCCAGAGAGGAAGGGUGGAGACCGAGGGGAGCCGGAGGACACGGGGAAGAAGCAAAGAGGGUCCGAGAUCGGGGUGUUGGCCAACGCGGAGAGAGACGAAGGCAGCGGGCACGGGGGCAGAGGCAGACACGGGCCCGUGG